AGAAAGACAGGAGGGGGAGUAUGACUUAGAGGAACACCAACAGAGUGUGUCUUAAAUGUGAGCACAGACGAGAGGGACAGUAGCGAGAGGCCAACACUGAGAGUCACACGCAGUGAGGGAGAGGAAGUUUGAUAAGCUGCUUGGGAAAUGACUGUGUAAGUUUAUGUUGAAUUCUAAGACACUGGUGAUCCCUCUCGAUGGACAUGAGCAGUGACAGCAGCUCCAAUAAGCGCUAUGUUUCAACCGUCAAGCUGUUCAUCCGACAGCCCAGCACUUCCCCUGGGCAGGGUCAAAACGGCCUGGCAGUCAAGACCGCUGCUUCCAGUAGGAAUGGGACACAGUCAGCGUUCGUAACAGGAGACGGCAGCCCCUCCCCGGACAACCUCAGAAGAACGGAUCCACCCCGGUUCACAGAACCACUGCAGGACUGCUGGGUCGAUGAAGGAAGUGACAUCAGACUCCGAGGGAUAAUCACAGGAUGUCCGCCGAUCAGUGUGUCCUGGUUACAUAACGGUGAGACAUUGCGUUUCGGAAAGCCCCUCUUUGAUGGCAGUGAAGCCAGGCUGGUGGUGAGGGAGUGCCUACCUGAAGAUGCAGGCGCCUACACCUGUGUGGCAAAGAAUCGAGUGGGCAAGACCUCUAGCAGCGCAGCCGUGUGUGUGAGAGACUUUGAAACUAUCUGUGGAGUCCAAAACACUACUUCGCACACUUCACCUCCUCUCGACACAUGCAUUAUGGAGAGCAGAGGUUCAACAUCCCCAGUGUCGCCUGUUAACAACCUCAGUGUCUUCAGACAGUCCAGCUCCCCAACAAGCCCUACCACCCCCAGCCAAGAAGGACCACAAAGAGUCACUCCGAAGAAGAGAGCCUGCUCAGGGACAGCCCCAGUCCAGUUUGAGGAUCCCCCGUCACACGUUGAGGCACGGCUCGGCGAAACUACCCGUCUGACGUGUGUUUUCACGGGCAGCGCCCCUGUCGCGUCUUGCUGGAUAAGAAAUAAAGAUUUGGUUGUAGAUGGACCUGAUUGGUGGGUGGAGAGCAGCGAUCGAAGCAGUACACUAGUAAUAGCAAAGCCGGGCCCUGAGCACACAGGACUCUACACUGUCGUAGUACGCGACCGCAAGAGCUCUGCCCAGCAUGCCCUCACUCUCUCUGUCUUAGAGCGACCCCAGCCUCCUGCUUCCUGCCCCCUUGUGUCCCUGCUCUCUAUUGCCCCCCUCUGCCUGGUCUUGUCCUGGUCUGGGCCCUGCUACGACGGCGGCAGUGCCGUCCUGGGCUACGUGGUAGAGGUGAGUCAACGCGGCGAGGCGAAGCCUGAGGCCUGGAGGGAGCUCACGGACCAGUGCAGGAGUACCUCUUACAAGGUGCGGUCGGGGAUUGAGCCCCGGGGAGUAUACCGCUUCCGGGUGAGAGCCUACAACGCCGUGGGGCUGAGUGAGCCCAGCGAAGAGUCCCAGCUGAUAAACAUGGAGCCGAAAGUUGAGCCACUGCCUCUGACGUAUGAGAAGGUCACCAUUGACUCCACCCACAAGGUCACUGACCACUACAAUGUCCUGGAGAAACUGGGAGUAGGGAAGUUUGGCCAGGUGUUCAAACUGACCCACAAGGAAACAGGCCGCGUGUGUGCUGGGAAGUUCUACAAAGGCCGGCGAGCCAAGGAGAGAGAGGCGGCCCGCAAAGAGAUCGAGCUGAUGAACCUCCUGCACCACCCCAAACUGGUCCAGUGUCUCGGGGCCUACGACCUCAAGCCAGAGAUGGUCAUGGUCAUGGAGUUCAUUGCCGGAGGGGAGCUGUUUGAACGCAUCGUGGACGACGGCUUCGAGCACACGGAGCCGGCCAGCGUGCGCUACAUGCAGCAGAUUGUGGAGGGCGUCGGCUACAUGCACCAGCAGAGCAUCAUCCACCUGGACCUCAAGCCGGAGAACAUCGUGUGUGUGGACCACACUGGCACGCGCAUCAAGAUCAUUGACUUUGGUCUAGCUAGCAAGCUGGACCCCGCCACUCCUCUGAAGGUGAUGCACGGUACCCCGGAGUUUGUGGCACCAGAGGUGAUCGGCUACGAGCCGGUUGGCUUCGCGACUGACAUGUGGAGCAUCGGAGUCAUCUGCUACAUACUACUGAGUGGUGAGUCUCCUUUCCAGGGUAACAGCGAGGAAGAGACUCUGGCCCUGGUCACCCGUGCUCAAUGGGAGUUUGAUGAGGAAAGCUUUGAGGAGAUCACUGACCAGGCCAAAGACUUCAUAAGCUCCCUGCUCAACAAGGAACCAAGGCGUAGGAUGUCCUGUGAAGAGGCUCUGGUCCAUUCCUGGAUAGCCGAGCCCAUCUCAGCAGACCCCAGCACCACCAAGUGUCUCUCUAAGGAGAAGAUGAAGAAGUACCUGGCCAAGCAGAAGUGGAAGAAAACCGGGAAGGCCCUGCUGGCACUGAAGAGGAUGGCUCUGCUGUCUAAAUCCGAUGGGCCUGGCUUUCUCACCAGCCCUACAGAAGACAGUCCACUCAGCCCAGAGGCGGAGCAGGCCCUUCAGUCCUUAGAGGUCAAACUCCAGGAGGCGCCCAGUUUCUCCCUGACCCUAACGGACCAGACAGUCCCUGUGGGCUCCACAGCCCGCCUCUCCUGUCACCUCACAGGGUACCCUGAUCCAGAGGCGGUGUGGUUUAGGGGUGAAGAGCCAGUGGAGGAGUGUUCCCGGGUGCAGAUAGUGUAUGAGGAGGAUGGGCUCUGCACCCUGGUUUUGACCAAAGUGGUGUCACAGGAUUCUGGUGUUUACACCUGCAAGGCCACAAACAACCAGGGGGAGGCGCUGUGCUCAGCCAAACUAAUUGUGAAGAAUUAGAACUGUGAACACAUUGAAAUGGAGAGACGGCAUGAUAUCCAUAUGUCUGUGUUUGUGAACUUUGUUUAAACAUUCAAGGCAAUCCCUGAACCACUUCACUUCGUACAUUACUCCUGUGAAACAGCUCUGCUUCAAGUCCUAAUAACUUGGGAUGUCUGCACUGUUUUUAACAUAACCAUCCUGUGAAAUAAGGCUACUGGGCAUGUAGUAUUUUUGUUAUAAAUAUUUGUGAGUGCAUUUUGGUUACUAAAAGUUUAGCACAUUUAAGUUCAAUGAAUAUGCGUUGUAUCUUAAGUUUGGAAGACAUUUCUCAAAAAACCAUCUUCAUGUUGCCUAUUCGAACCUAGCUCAGCUGACGUAAAGGAAACACCUGUAAAUCCUUUUAAGUUAUGUUGACCAGAAUGGUAAAGAGAAUGUGUACAGCACUGUUCAACCAAA